UCUCCAAGGUGCAACGCAGUCAGAUUUAAAGAAACAUGGCUGCCGGCAGUCGAUGAAGUGAUCUGAAGUGUUCGUCAAUAAUUUGCGACUUAACCUAACGUGGUGGUGAAUUAUAAUAAUAUAACCUAGAAGUGUUGCACUUUUAUUAGAAUUAAGAGGGUUUGUGUUCAAUUAAACCCUUUUCUUCUCGAUCUUUUGCAUUUAUUCUACCUGGGAUAUAUUCUCACAAAAUGGCGUCAACUAAAUGAGCUCGGAAUUUUUUCGAUAUUGAGGUGAUUUGGGGGAUAAUUUUUAAUUUUUUUAUUAAACAAAGUGAUGACGGUAAUUAUAAGUGACUCUAUUGCGAAUAGUGAAAACUCUUUGGACUUUGUGCAGUAAAUAUUCGAGAAAUCCUGUUUUUCUAAGUCUGGCGAAGAAGUAAUCAUGUCGGAUUCAGGAUCAGGUUCUGAUGACAGUAAGAGUGAUUCUUCUUCAAAUAAUUCAGGAUCAGGUUCGGAUGACAGCAAAAGUGAUACUUCUUCCAAUAACUCAGGAUCAGAGAGAUACAACGAUGGAAGUUCCUCCGAUUCGGAAGAAGAACGGGAAAUACCACCUCCCAGUAAAAAACUGGGAAGUCUUCGAUCCGCACCGAAGAAAAAAAUAACCAGGAGCACCAGAAGAACUAGAUAUAGUUCGGAAGAAUCUAGCGUGGAUUCAGAUGAAGACACCAGGAGAAUCGUGUCGAGACGCAAAGCUGCAACCGUCAGUUACAAAGAAGACAGCGAAGAUAAGACAGAUUCUGAGGAUUAUUUAGAUUUGGACACCACAGCUCAGGAAUCGUCUGAGCCUAUAGUUGAGGAAAAAGUGGAAACGAUUGAGAAAAUAUUGGGAAUGAGGAAAGGGAAGAAAGGAGUAACUGGAAAUAUCACCACGACGUAUUACAUUGAAGAGAACGGUGAUCCUAACGAUGGGGCAGAAUCUUUACCUGACGAAGAAUUAGAAAUGCAGUAUCUGAUCAAAUGGAAGGAUUGGGCGCAUAUUCACAACACGUGGGAGUCGGAAAACUCCUUGAGGGAACAAAAGGUGAAAGGUAUCAAAAAGUUGGAGAAUUACAUAAGGAAGGAGAGCGACAUAUCGCAUUGGAGGAGAUAUGCCACCCCCGAAGACGUUGAAUAUUACGAGUGCCAGAGCGAGCUCAAUCAAGAGUUGAACAAGAGUUACAAUAAUGUUGAAAGAAUUAUAGCUAAGGCAGAAAAACCCGAAGGUGGUUUAGAUUACUACAUUAAAUGGGAGAGUUUACCGUACGCCGAUGCUACUUGGGAAGAUGCCGCUCUGAUCCAGCAGAAGUGGCCCAAGAAAAUCGAAGAAUUCGAAGAUAGGGAACAGUCCAAAAGGACGCCCACAAGACAUUGCAAAGUUUUAAGGCACAGACCGAAGUUUCACGAGGUGAAAUCACAACCCGAGUACAUGAUGGGAACAGAAAAGAAUCUGGUUUUGAGAGACUACCAAAUGGACGGGCUCAACUGGAUGAUUCACGCUUGGUCGAAAGAAAAUUCCGUCAUCCUCGCAGAUGAGAUGGGUUUAGGUAAAACUAUACAGACUAUCUGUUUCUUGUAUUAUUUGUUCAAUACUCAUCAACUCCAUGGUCCGUUUUUAUGCGUCGUUCCGUUGUCGACGAUGACGUCUUGGCAGAGGGAGUUUGCGCAAUGGGCCCCCGAAAUGAACUUCGUUACUUACUUGGGCGACGUCAACUCCAGAGAUAGGAUUCGCCAAUACGAGUGGUGCUACGAAGGAUCCAAACGAUUGAAAUUCAACGCGAUCCUAACCACGUACGAAAUCGUCCUCAAGGACAAAGCAUUCUUGGGCAGCAUAAGCUGGGCCGUGUUACUGGUGGACGAAGCCCACCGUCUAAAAAACGACGAUUCCCUGCUGUACAAGGCCCUUACAGAGUUCGACACCAAUCACCGUCUCCUCAUCACCGGCACGCCGUUGCAGAACAGCCUGAAGGAGCUGUGGGCCCUGCUGCACUUCAUCAUGCCUGAAAAGUUCGUCAGCUGGGAGGAGUUCGAGAAGGAGCACGAGAACACGGAAACGAAGGGCUAUGGGCGACUUCACGCGCAGCUCGAACCCUACAUACUGCGGAGGGUGAAGAAGGACGUCGAGAAAUCGCUUCCGGCUAAAGUCGAACAAAUUCUCAGGGUGGAAAUGACCUCCAUACAGAAACAGUACUAUAAGUGGAUACUGACAAAAAAUUUCAACGCCUUGCGGAAAGGUGUCAAGGGUUCGUCCACGACUUUCCUGAACAUCGUGAUCGAACUGAAGAAGUGUUGCAAUCACGCGUCUCUCACCAAACCGACGGAAUACGAGAACCACGCGACGCAACAGGACCAUCUACAGACCCUACUUCGUGGCUCCGGAAAAUUGGUAUUAUUGGACAAAUUGUUGACCAGAUUGAAGGAAACCGGACACAGGGUCCUUAUUUUCUCACAGAUGGUUAGGAUGUUGGACAUACUGGCGGAGUACCUGCAGCUACGUCAUUUCCAGUUCCAAAGGCUCGAUGGUGGAAUCAAGGGCGAACUGAGGAGACAAGCGUUGGAUCAUUUCAACGCCGAAGGGUCCCAGGACUUCUGUUUUUUGCUGUCUACGAGGGCGGGAGGUCUUGGUAUCAAUUUGGCAACAGCCGAUACAGUUAUUAUAUUCGAUUCCGAUUGGAAUCCCCAAAAUGAUCUUCAAGCUCAGGCCAGAGCCCAUAGGAUAGGCCAGAAGAAUCAAGUUAACAUUUAUCGGUUAGUCACUGCAAGAUCUGUCGAAGAAGAAAUCGUGGAGAGAGCCAAACAGAAAAUGGUGUUGGAUCAUUUGGUCAUACAGAGAAUGGAUACAACUGGACGCACAGUUUUGGACAAAAAGGGCGGUAGCGCCAACACUACCCCUUUCAAUAAGGAAGAUCUGACGGCUAUUUUGAAAUUCGGGGCAGAAGAAUUGUUCAAAGACGAGGAUGAUGAAGAAGAACCCAACUGUGAUAUUGAUGAAAUUUUGAGAAGGGCAGAAACUAGAGAUGAGGCUCCUACGAUGGUGGGGGAUGAACUGCUCUCCGCAUUUAAAGUGGCAAGUUUCGCCGCGUUCGAAGAAGACACAGAACCUAGUCCGAUAACAACGGCGGCCGACGAAGAGAGCAAAGAUUGGGACGAGAUCAUCCCGGAAAAAAUGCGAAAGAAGGUCGAGGAAGAGGAGAAAUCGAAAGAGAUGGAAGAUCUGUACCUGCCGCCGAGGUCCCGUAAGACCCUGCAGCAGAUCAACCAAACGGAAAGCGACGCCGAUGAGAACAAGGCGAAGAGAAAGAGGAAAAAGGACGAAGAUGGCUCGGGGUCGAGCGGUGAGGAAGAGAGCGACGAUGAGCGUCCUAGAAAACGCGGCAGGCCCCCCACGUCGGCCAAGGAGAAGAUAAAGAAUUUCACUGAUGCCGAGGUUAGACGGUUCGUCAAGAGUUACAAGAAGUUCAGUGCCCCUUUGAAACGCUUGGAAGCUGUAGCUUGCGAUGCUGAGUUACAAGAGAAACCCCUCGCUGAGCUGCGUAAGCUGGGCGAACUGUUACAUGAGAGGUGUCGUACCUAUAUGUACGAGCAGGCUAAAGAAAAUAAUAGCGCUGGAAACGAUGAAGAUGGUAAGGGGAAAAAGAGGAACAGAGGUCCUUCCUUCAAAUUGGGAGGCGUCUCCAUAAACGCCAAGACAAUGUUGCAGUGCGAAGAAGAACUUCAACCUCUCGAUGAAGUUCUUCCAUCGGAUCCCCAAGAAAGAUCCAGGUGGACUCUGCAAGCUAAAACAAAACCCGCCCAUUUCGACGUCGACUGGGGCAUAAACGAAGAUUCGAAACUUCUACAGGGUAUCCACCUUUAUGGUAUGGGUUCGUGGGAACAAAUAAAAUUAGAUCCCUCUUUCGGUAUUGGUGAUAAAAUUCUUUCGAACGAAGAUAAGAAGCCCCAGGCCAAACAUCUUCAAACCAGAGCCGAAUACCUCUUGAAAGUACUUAAGAAACAGUUGGAUCAAAAUAAGGGUGUUCCAAAGCCGAAACGGCAAAGGAAAGUCAAGGAGACCAAAGCUCUGACUAAGGAAAUCAUCGAAGAGGACAACAUAAGCUCGAACGAAGAAAGUUCCAGCAAAACUGUCACUUCGAGCCAUAAUGUAAGUUCGACUGUUCCGAAAAAGACAAAGGCCAAAAAAGAUGAGGAGGUCGUCAAGGAAGAGGACAAUUCUCUCGUGGAGAAACCUGAGAAGGAGAAGAAGAAGAAAAAAGAAAAGAAAGAGAAGAAGUCUGCCGGUCCGAUGCAUUUCACAGCUAACAACGAACCUAGGGCUUUGAAUGUGAUGGGGGAUCUUGAUCCGGCAACAUUCACUGAGUGUAAAGAAAAGAUGCGUCCCGUCAAAAAGGCACUGAAAGCUUUAGACAAUCCAGAUCAAUCUUUACCCGAGGCAGAACAGGUCAACAAUACCCGAUUAUGCCUUCUACAGAUUGGCGAACAAAUAAACACGUGUCUGAAGGAAUAUAAGAACGAUCCAGAAAAGGCGAAAGAAUGGAGAAGCAAUUUGUGGCAUUUCGUUUCCAAAUUCACCGAGUACGACUCCAAGAAGUUAUACAAAUUGUACAAAAAAGCUUGCCAGAAGUCUGAGAAGGGAGAAUCGAAGAAUGAGGAUGCAAACGCGUCAUCGUCCAGGGAAAGAUCGAAGUCCGAGAGCAGAGAAGAAAAAGAUUCGUACAAACGAAAAUUAGAUGACGAUAGUGAUAAAGAGGAACGAACCAGUAAAAAGCACCAUGGCGAUAAGAAGGAUAAAAAAGACAAGAAAAAAUCGCGCGACGCGGACGGCAGCGGCAAGCACGACGAUGAUUCUCUGCGUUUUAGCAGAAAACCAAGCGGUUCUCCGUCGUCUGGAUCGAAGUCCGGAUACAGACACGAACAGGGAGACAGAUCAAACUAUACCCCCGAACAUGAUCGAUGGAGCGGAGGAAGUGGCAGCGGCCAAGGGAGAGACGGGAGGUUCUCCGGCGAUCAUAAGAGGGAUAGAUUCGAUUAUCAGAGGACGGGUUAUCACAGGGACAGGGAAUAUCGGGGUGAUAAGAGGUCAGGGGAAGAAUGGAGGCAGUAUCCGAGAGGUCGGGAAGGCAUGCCCUCCUAUGGCACACCAGGCAGGCCACCCAUGUACCCCGCCCAUUUCCCCGGAAACUUCGGUCCCCCCAUGUACCCCCCGGAACCUCAAUUCCCCAGGGAUAGCAGGUAUUCGCCUGGCGAAUGGCGACCUUCGGAGAGGGACUAUCGCAGGGAAUACGACAGGCGUCAGCAGUAAACCCCAGCCCCCCCCCUUGUGAAUGUUUUUGUACAAAGACUCAAGUUGAAUGUUCUGCCUUGUUAAAGCAGAUCUGGUGAAUUUCUUUGGAAUUAUCUAUUAAGUUUGGUUCGUUUUCUUGUGCAUCAGGAAAUUUUUUACCUCAUAAAUACUUACCCCCUCCCCCCCGGUUCAUGAUUGGUUGGUUUGCAAUCAUUUAUUUCGUCUUUAUUGAAUUGAAUUUUCGCGAGUUUCUUCGAAGUUCCCGAGUUGAUUGAAAAUUUCCAUAAAUUGUUGGGCGAUGUUUGUGAUGUUUCUUUGAAAUCUGUUAAUUUUAAGGUUCAUGAAUAUUCAUUGAUAUGUGAUUUUUGUAAAAAUGUGUAAAUUACAAUCCAGUUUUUUUAACGUUCAUAUCUCUAACAUCAUACAGUUAUUUAUUUAUUGAAUUUAAAAGAAGUACUUGGAUGUUUCAUGAUUAACCUAAUGAAGCAUGGGCAAAAUGUAUUUUCUAUGUCUUGUUAGACAGAUCAGCGUAUAUCACUCUGUUGAUGAUAAUUCUCGAGUGGUUUUCCUUCUACCCCAUGUGCAUUUGAUUACCAAAAAGUUUUUUAAAUAAUGAAUAUAUUUAAUUUUAAAUAAAAACUAUAUUAACUCUUUGUGGUGUGAAGAUAUGUUAUUGUAGAAUUAUUUUAUUUGAAGACUGCAAAGAGUUAAGAGGCGGCUGUGUUUUGCCAACAUUGUUAGAAUGUGAAGGCCUAUCAACAUUGUAAAUGACAACCUGCUGUAAAUACUUAGAUGAAGAAUAUCUUUUGAUAAA